CUGGUCUAGGAGUAGCCUGCAACGGUACCUGGGCAAUGUUGAACUCACAAAGAAGUGUGUACUCUGAAGCCUUGGUUCGAGUACAUGUAUGGUGCGAGCCACUGGAAAUCCAUUCUAUUUAUUAGGAUACCUUGUAGUCGAUUAUUCUCUUGAGAAAGACACCUUGGGCAAGUUUUUCGUUUUGAGUCGUCUUCAAUCAUUCACAGUCUGUCGUCUUGAUACAUGUAGCGUUCAGCAAAUAAUCAGGGGGUUGAAAAUCUUUUCUGCCAUACCCGAUUUUACUUCUACAAUCUUUCAGCAUUGUUGUCUGUUUCUUUUUCCAAUUGCUUCUAUACUAUCUUUGUGUUUACGAUAUACCCUCGACGUCGGCGAUUUAUCCCUUUCUUCGAUUCUCCCUAUUUUUCGUCGAUAAACGAGAACCCAUUGAACAUUCAUUUGGACAAAGACCUGAGCAACAAGGACACGAAGCAAGAUCGUCUCUAGUGUUCAGAAUGAUAGCACUUCCUGGAAAGGUCAUGUUGAAGGCCUCGGCGCUUGUUACCUUGGCCCUGACGGCCGCCUUGGUUGUUCAUCAACUAAGCUAUACCAAGGACUUCGCCCUACCCAACCAGUCCAUAGAGGUCAUCAGCCUUUGUGAUGCUUCCGAGCGCCAUGGAAAACACCCUCGAGACCCCAUCGGAUCAAGUUCAACAAAAACGCAAGGACCGAUCCCCAAGCUCGUUCACCAAAUUUGGAAGAACAAAAAUGUCAGCACAUACCCAGUACAAGCCUCUUAUGAGACGUGGAAGAAUACGAUGGAACCCCUCAACUAUACCGUCAAACUAUGGACAGACGAAGACGUUCUCGAACUCAUAAAGACAAAGUACUCUUGGUUACUAUCGACGUACGAGGGUUAUGCCCAGAAUAUUCAACGAGCCGACGUAGCGAGACUAGUCGUUGUCCACGCAGAGGGAGGCAUCUACGCAGACUUAGAUGUCUACCCAAGAUCGACGGAGGAGAUGUCUUGCGUGCAAAGCCUCGGCUUACAGGCUAUCUUUGCUCCAACAUCGGGCACUCUUGGACUCAGUAACCACUUCUUCAUGGCAGAGCGUGGUUCCUCCUUUCUCGAAUGGGCUCUUCAAGAAACCAAGCGACGCGGCGGUCCGACCUCGAAACGAAUCCUCCUACCCUACCUCCAGGUCUUCUGGUCAACGGGCCCAAUAAUGGUGACAUAUGCGUUCCAUCAAUACGCGUGGAUGUACAGCCCAGUACAUCACGAUGUGGAGCUGCUGGAUGGAGGAUACGCCCGAAAGUUAUUUGGCCAUGCGGUGGGGCGCUCGUGGCAUGGUUCAGAUGGGCAUUUCUUAAACUACGUCUCAGACCACUUGGGAACUGUGUUGUUCUGGGUUACUAUGUGCCUGUCGGUGCUUUCUUUAGCGACUGUAAUCUUUCUCAAGAGGAGUCGCGGGAAGUCCAUUGACUUUCUGGUAGGAUGCGGAUCUGUGUGUAGGAAGAAGAGUUGGGUAGCCGAAGUGUAAGCCUGGAGUCAUUCUAUAGCAAUACACACUCCAAUGUCAAGAAGAGAAUACUUGGAAUGUUGACCACAUG